AACGCCGCCUUUAGGGAGCUGGUGGCGAUAACUCUUGGUUGGUGGAAAAUCAUCAAUUACCCAUGGCGUCGCUUCCCUCUGCGAGUUUCCUUCCUUCUCCAUCGCUCGUGGUUCUAUCCCCGACGAAGAUCUUCUCCUCCUCCUCCUCCUCGCGCUCGAUUGUUUGCUCUUCGUCCCGUGCCCAUGGUUUCUCGUCCAUCCCCCGUUCUUCGCCUAGCCUUCGGAUGACUAGAAGUGCAAAUCAUAAUAAGCUGCAAGUUGUGGCUAUGGCUCCCGAGGAAGAAAAGCUCACUCGUCGCAAUCCUCUCGAUUUCCCUAUUGAGUGGGAGAGACCUAAACCUGGGAGGAGGCCUGAUAUUUUCCCCAAGUUUAGCCCAAUGAAGACGCCAUUGCCACCACCGAUGCCUUAUGAUCCCCCAGCAGAAGACGACGAAGAAGAGGAAGAGAAGAAAGAAGAGGAAGAAGAAAACCCUGACCAAGAAGAAGAGGAACAACCGGAGAAGCAACAGUAGAUUUUUUAUAGUUUGCGAGCGAAAAAUGGAAACAUCGAGAUCUAAGUCUGUUUCUGAGUUUUGUAGUGUUUUUUUGGAGGAGAGGAAAGAGGAAAGAAAAAAUCAAUCGUUCUCACAUUUAGUAGCUCAUGAUCGUGUACUAUAUUUCGUGCAAUAAUCAGAAUUAUCAUUUGCAUUA